AUGGCCCACCCCAGCGCAACACCCGUCGACGACUCGGGCCCAACGAGGAUGCCUUGGUCGAGCGACUAUCACACACCGGCCCACAUACCCAUGGGAGGAAACCAGUCGCCUCCCAUCAUCUCUACCACAAGUACAAGCCUCUCUGGGUCCUCGUGUGACUAUGGGUCAGAAGAGGGCAGCUCAUCAACGUCUGGGUCAUGUUCACCCAAUGUGACAGUCACAAGACAGGCAUAUGUACAUAAGACAGACGUCGUCGUAGUAGCUAACCAAGCAUUUAUUUGCAAACACAGACGGAAAACCUCUGAUAAGCCUCGAAAAGAAUGUGAUACAACGACUGACGGGGUGGAAAGCAGAGACACUGCAGAGAUUGGUGAUGCCCCUACUGAGCAAACUAUAGGACCCACAGACGGAAGUGCCAUUCAAGGUGACGAGAUAAGAGAGGAAAAUCAACAAACCCCAAUUUAUGUGAUCCAAACUCCUCCAAGGGAGAUAUUGCAACCGGACAUAGAGAUCGGCCAUCACCAGCCUGCAAUAAAAAAUGGUGGAUGUGGCAAACACAAGGCAUCAGUUGUGUUGGUGAUCCUGGUACUGUGCAUGGCAGCUGCCAUUGCAGGCGUCAUUGCCUCGCAGUUGAAAGGUGAGUGAAAUCCGAUUUUUCUUUCCCUCUCAGUUCUUAAAUGCACGUGAUUCCGAUAUUCUAGUUUCGUGUUUAACUUCUGUUAGGAUGGCCUACGAAAACUACGCAGCCAAAUAAAAUAAACCAAAAGGGAGACAAGUCACCGUCAACUGCAUUAAUUUACAU